AACAUUAUAGAAUUGACCAUAUCAUGCAUUCCCAGUAACAUGUCAAACACUAUAGACAAAGUAUUGCCGUUCAUAUUACGGUUAGAAAAGAAAAAAUUAUAUACACUAAAUCAUUUCCUUGGAAACUCUAUAACAAUUUAGCCAUGGCAGAUACUGAUCAGCAGGCCAAGCCUUUAGCUCCAGCUGCAUUUCAAUCUCGCAGCGACGAAGAAGCAGCAGCUUCGUCAUCGAUCACCACCCAGUUCAACUUUCGCCACCGGAACUGCAUCAAGUGUUUCGGAUGUUGCACUGCCUUCCUAUUAAUCAUCGCUGUGACAAUUCUAAUCCUCUUUUUUACAGUCUUCCAUGUCAAGAAUCCUGUAAUCAAGAUGAACGAGAUAACCCUUCUGCAACUCGAGCUAAAUAAGGAUGGAUCGCUUAGGAACGGCACCAACGUUACACUAGAACUUGAUAUUUCAGUUAAAAAUCCUAACGUUGCUCCUUUUAGGUUCAACAACUUCACAACAACUGUUUUGUACGGUGGAAAUAAUGUUGGAGAGGCGAGAACACCAUCAGGGACUGCCAAGGCCCGGCGUACCGUCCAUAUGAAUGUAACAGUUGAUCUGAUUCCUGAGAAAAUUUUGCAAGUUCCAGGUUUGUUACAGGAUGUAAGUUCAGGGAAUUUGACUAUGAAUAGCAGUACAGUAAUUGGCGGCAAGGUGAAGAUACUAAAGAUUGUCAAGAAAUAUCUUGUGGUGGAAGUGAAUUGCAGUGUGACCUAUAAUUUCUCAAGCAAGGAGAUCCAACAGCGUUGCAGACCGCAUUUCCUUUGACGCCUCUUCAUUCUAUAGUUAGUGAUUUUUAUUUUAUUAGUAACUUUUAUUCUCUUGUUUUUUUCCCCAUAUCCUUUAAUUGAGACUUAUUUUUGUAACAUAUGCCAAUAUCAUAUGUGGCUCGGAAAUGGCAAUAUCAAUAUAUGUAAAGGGUUACUGGAUACAGAGCGAUCCAUAUGAGAACUCUUCUCUUUCUCUUUGCAUAACAAAAGUACAUUUCAAGACU